AUCAAAUUUGACGAGGUUUUGGACGUUGAAAACGGAGGCAGUGUUUGCACUGAGCACUACCUAUCAUAGUAAAAUUCAUCAGCCGCAACUCAAUAACUGAAGUUAAUAUCAAUAGAUACAAAUAAUAAACAACUUGAAUAUAACUUUCAAAAUUGCUGUGAGCCAUACGCAGAAUAUCACUUUGUGUACUAGUAUUGCAAGCGAAAGAUGAGUACCAAUAACAUUAGAACCCAUAAGCCCAUCGAUGGGACACAAUUUCUGGAGAUGUUGUCAACCAUAUCAUUGGAAGAGGUAUUAAUUUUUGAGUUUCGUCGAAAAACAAUAGACAAAUGGGAAAUCAUGGUAGUAUGUCCGAACCCAUUAAAGAAGAUGUAUCUCUGCAAUGUUUGCAACGUUGUUCAGUACGGAGACAAGAAUUUAUUCAGUCAUCUGUGUGGAAAAAAGCACAACUUACUCAUGACCAGUAUAAAACAACUCCAAAUACGCAACAGAAUUACUACUCCACUGAGAUCAGACUCUUCAAUAUCACUGAAUGCAGCAAACGUUAUCGUAAAUAACAAAGGCCUUGUUAAAAGUUCUUCUGUUGCAAAUAAAAAACUUUUGAAUCUAACCCCUGGUACUACACCCACUAAUAGUAAUUCAAAAAUGUCAAAAUCGCAAGUAAAACAUCAACUUUUUAAAAAAAAUGCAUUUCCAAAUGCGGAAAUAAUAAAGAACACAAGCAGUGGCUCAAAAAGUUUUACAAACGCAAAAAAUGUUCAAUGCGAGAGUAAAGACAGUACGGAUUCGUCCAAUGAAUUAAAAUCUAAAACAAGUCCAAUUAUUAAUGACAAUAUACCGAAAAAAAAGAAUUCGGGAACAGUUGUAGAUUCUUUGAAAAAAGUCACAACAGAAAACACGCCCGCGGCUUCACUAAACCCGACAAUAUUUUGUGAUGGUCCGAAAAAUGAUAGCAAGAAGUCAAACUCCGCGCUCAAGUCAAUUUCUGAAGAAGUACCACAUUCUCAAGGGAUUGCUGAAGUAGAACCCUGUCUGGAAACUACGAAAACGGUGCAGAAUAUAAGACAAAGUCAAGCGCCAGUGUCCCAGAAUAAUCUGAAUAUACCAAGCAUAGUCAAAAAUCCACUAUCUACGAAAAUUUCGUGUGUUCCGCUUGCAAAACUUCUUGGUGCCGCCGAGUCCAACGAAAUAAGUAAAGGUAAAAGCGAUGUCAUUAUUAUAGAGGAGGAGGAGGAAGCUAAACAGAGUAACAAAAGAGAAAAUGCACACAAUAAUAUUAGACAAGGUCAGAACACAAAAGAAUCCUUAUCGAAUGUUGAAAUAAUCGCAAACAAAAAAUGCUUAGAUAAGAUUGAUGAAAUAAUACCGGUUAUAGGUAUAGCUUCUCGCUUAAAGGAGUCAAAAACAUCAUCAUCAGGGUCAAGUGUUUUUACCUUUGAAUCUAAGAAAAAUCCAAACAAAAUUUUGGGACUUGUAGGCGUCGAAUACGUUAUAAAAGUAGUAGGAAACGUAAAUGAUAAGAAUGCCAGAUAUCAAUGCAGCUUAUGUGAGAUUAAUUCUGACGAGGCUACGAUGCAUACCCACUUACUUGGCUACAAUCACCGCCUCAAAUAUUUUGAGAAGCAUUUUCCUACAGCCAUGCGACAGUACCGACUAUAUGUCUCGGAAGUUCCUGAAAGUGAUGUAUGUAAAGUAAUGAUUCCCAUAUUAGAUAAACUAGCAACGGCCGUUGAGAAGCAUCAUGGUCGGGAAACAGCCUUCCUUUGCUAUGAAAACUUUUAUAAAAAAAAUCGUCCAGCUGUAGUCGGAAAAGUUUAUAAUAGACGGCAUUUCUCAGAAAAAAAUGGACCGACGUUUACGCAUGUCAUCGAUUCGAAAGAUGUUGAAAAACUAUUGGAAAAUGCUCGAAAAAAAAGCAACCAGACAGUAAAUGUUGUUAACUCGAAUGCCACUUUAUGUGAAUCUCAAAACAUAAAUAUAUCUCAGGGUGCAAGCUAUGCAACGAACGCCUAUUUUAACUACACGAAGUUUGCUGAAACACCUUUUACGGAGACCGUUGAUGAUGAAACACACAAACGAUUGGUUGAAAACUUUUUAAGAGAUACCAGGAAAUCGUUGGGUUCAUCGAAACAGCAAUCUCGAAAUUUGAAACGAGCUCGAUCGCGGUCUCAUUCAUCAGAGCGAUGGAAGAAAAUUCCUAGCCCAGAACUGAAAAGGCAAUACAACACAGAACGCAGAUCGUUAUCACUAUCCCCGCUAAGAGAUGGUGAUAUUUGGCAGGCGUACCGACACAUGGUUGAUCAAAAAGUGCGCGAGUUGAACGUAUCUUUUGAGGUGUACAAGUCUGAUCCGGAACAGCAUCCUCUUUAUCAAGAAGAGUGGCAAACCUUCUGGAAGAGACGCAAAGAUGAGCUUAUACUGUCGGGAAUCAACCAUCGGUCUUAUAAUUUUCAAAAUGAAUGGAUUAUUUUCUUUAACGCGCGUCUUGAAGAAUUGUACAAUCGUGACAUGGAGAAUAUUAAACUCAAAUGUCGAGAUAGGUUGUGUUUGCCAAUGACUAAUGACGAAUUGAUGAAUACAAACUAUCACGUUCGUACACCUGAGAAAAUGAAUAUUAGUAUGGAAACCAUGGGAACAUCUAAGGUAUUUCUGGACAAUCACGCUGACGAUGACAACACAAAGAUUAUUCACGUACUUCGUCUUUUAACUGCUCUCGAGGAAUUUUUAGGAAGUUUGGGACCUUCGAUCACAGAAAUGUUAACUAAAGCAUUGCUGACGCAGAAGGCUGAUCCAGAUAAUGUCCAGAAUCUAUUGCUAACAUCUGAGAAUUGUGCCAUAUUAGAAACGGCAAAAGAGAAAUUUACAGGAAUACUAAUUUCCAAAAUAUAUGAUCCUGCCAAGGAACGAGCCAUUAAAAAAGCGAUCAAUGACACCGAAGCCGUACUUAAAAACGUAGAGAAUUCAAUAAGCACCAUAAAUUUAAGUUCAAAGAACUUUAACUCAGUUCAUCAAAUAACUGAAAAGAUAGAUAAUCAUAUGGGUAUCAAAAAUAUAUAUAAUGUUCAAGCGCCCAUUGAUAAGAGAGAACUAGCAGCAAAGCUAGCCUCUUCAUUGAUCUCUCAAGGCAAAACAUCUAUAAACAGGGAUGAACUUCAAAAAAUACUGCAUGUGUACUCUAUGAUUGAGAAAAAAAAACGUCUGGAUGAAUUCGAAAAUUUAGAUACUGGCAUAAUGGAAAAUACAGCGCAGACAUUUCAACCAGGAAAUUUGGUUUAUAACUCAAGUCAUAAUAACAACGUGUUGACACAAAACUCCAUAAGAAAUUUGACUGGUGAUAACUCUUCUGCCAAUGCUGCUCACUUGAAUAAUACAACCUUUAAUCCUCCUAACCCCACGAACGAAUUUUCGUUUCGACAUAGAUUUGGACUGGAUGGAUAUCAGUAUAAUCAGUUUGACAGCGCUGCAUUAACGAGGAAUCAGAGCAACACUAUGCAAAACUCUAUGAAUCGCUCUUCUUUUUUCCCAUGCGAUCAGCACCAGAGGAAUAACAGACACAUUUAAAACAAUAGUAAUUUACAAACAAUUUAGAUUUUCUAAACGAAGCUGGUUUAAAUCUAUUCAUUGUCGAAGUACUACUUCAACUAGUUAAUAAUCAAAAAAAUGUUAGUGUAAUGUAAAUACAAAUAUUUAAUGUUAAAAAAAUGGUUUUUAACUUAUGCAAGAGUGGCAUAAUAUAUAAAAUCUUCAUUUAAAUAAU